UAAAAGCCUCCUAACUGCGCUCUUGACCACUGACCAACAGUGGACAGACCCAGGACCCAAAGUCAGCAAUGAAGAUCCUCUUGUGUUGCCUGCUCCUGCUUCCAUUUGCAGAUAUGGUGGUGGCAGCUUCUAUCAAAGGGCAAUCCCCAAAAAAAGGUGUGUUAAGCUUUCUACAUGAUGCACUAGCACUUACUACAGAAAGGACCACACCUGCAGCCGUUACAGCACAAAGGACCCCUCUAUGUGGCACUGUGAAUAAGCAAGACUCAGACGAUAUGUCAGAUGCCAAAUCUACAGAGAGCUCUGAAACCAACAGAUGUUCAGAAUCUGAUGCGUUUGACAAAAAUGGAGAUGAAAGCAGAGAUGUAUCCAAAGACCUUGACAGCGAUGAGAUCAUGAUUCCUGGAGCUGUGGCAAAAAAUAAGGCUCCGUCAAGGAAGGUGACUGUAGUGGGCAAUGACAGUAUGGCAGCGAUGGAUAUGACCAGCAGCCUGGUUCAGGACCAUGGGAGCAGGGAGCAUAGUUUGAUUCAAGGAGAACUCCAAGCAAGCAGAGACAGUGAGGAAGGAGGGAUAACAAAUGCUUGGGAGGGUGGUGGUCAAAGCACCAAUCUCCAAAGGUGGGCCACACGAGGAAAAGUUAAUGGGAUGAGUGGUAUGUUGGUCCAUGGCCAAAUCAGAGAAAGGCCAAAUUGGGAUAGUUUGGAAGACAGCAGUGACAGCCUGGCUGGAGUGAGCACCAACAAACAAACGGACUAUGAUGAAACCAGAGAAUAUAUGAGCUCUGAAACCUAUCCAGUUGUCCCACAAGAGCACAGGUCCAGCAGCUUGCCCAUUCCAUCCAAGAGCCAUGUCGCUUGAUGAGCACACAGAGAUUGCAUGUCUUCCUUAUGAAUCACGGCUCACUGUCUGUUGACUCAGGAGACUCAACUCAAGACAGUUUGCUUCCACAUCCGGAUGCUGCAGGGACUUUUUCUAUCCAAAAUUAGAUUUUCAGCACACGUUUUUGUUCUCUGAUCAAACAAACAAAUGUAAAAAAUAAAUAUGUUUUGAUUUAACCUGUGCUGGGUGUGUUGGUGUAAGCUGUCAGAGUGUGAUGAAAAUAA